AAGGAAAGAUUUGUUCUGUUUUGUUGGUACGUCUUCUUCUGUGACGCACCCUGGAACUUGGUGACGUCGCAGGACAACAAAGAUGGCAGGAAUAGGAGGCAGCAACUACUGGGAAGAUCUGCGAAAGCAGGCCAGACAGUUGGAGAAUGAACUCGACCUGAAGUUGGUCUCCUUCAGUAAACUAUGCACCAGCUACAGCAGCUCCAGGGAUGGACGUCGAGGAGACACGUCAGACACCACCCCGCUGCUAAACAACUCUACCCAAGACAGGAUGUUUGACACCAUGUCAGUGGAGAUUGAACAGCUGCUGGCCAAACUGACUGCAGUGAAUGACAAAAUGGCGGAGUACACCAACACCCCGGGUACAGCUUCUCUUAAUGCUGCGCUCAUGCACACGCUCCAGAGACACAGAGACAUCCUACAGGAUUACACUCAUGAAUUUCACAAAACCAAAGGCAACUUCUUGGCCAUCCGGGAAAGGGAAGACCUGCUCGGGUCAGUCAGGAAAGACAUUGAGACGUACAAGAGUGGCUCCGGGGUCAACAACAGAAGAACAGAGCUGUUUCUAAAGGAGCAUGAGCAUCUGAGAAAUUCGGACCGACUGAUGGAUGACACAAUAAGUAUUGCUAUGGCGACCAAGGAGAACAUGACCUCCCAACGGGGCUUUCUGAAAUCCAUACAGAGCAGAGUCAACACGCUGGCCAACCGUUUCCCAACCAUCAACAAUCUCAUCCAGCGAAUCAACCUGCGGAAGAGAAGGGACUCUCUCAUCCUCGGCACAGUGAUCGGAGUCUGCACCAUUCUCCUCCUGCUCUAUGCUUUUCACUGAGAGCCAGCCCUGGUGAAAUCUUUAAAGGAGCAGGAUGUAUCUGUAUCUUUGUAACACGGGAACCCCAGGAGACUGAGCUCAGUGAUUGGAGGACCCUGGAGGCUCCUGAGCAGAAGGACAUUCAGUUGGCCCAGUUCUUGGAAGAGAACAGAUUUGGCCAACAUGAACUACUGAACUUGUAUUUAGCAGUGGGACAGAUGGAGGGCUGCCAACAAGUAAAUGGAGACCAAAAGUAAAAAAAUCUGACUAGAUUUUAAUCAAUUAUAUUGAUAACUCACUUGGUGAAAAGUGUGAAGAGACCUAUGAGAAUGUGUGAUGCAUAAUUCUUUUUGACAGGUGGAAGGAUUUUUAGUUGGAUGGUCCUUUUUAAUUGAUAAGAGAUACUUUAUUGAUCCCCAGGGGGAAAAUUACAUGUCUGAGAAGAUGAAGUGGGAUGGAUAGUUAAUUGUGGGCUGUAAAAUGUGAAUUAAUAAAUUAUUAAUAUCAGUAUGUACAAAAA